GUUGCAAAUCAGGUUUUUGUAAAGCCUUUGUGUGUUGGGUUUGGGAGAUAAAAGCUGACUCAUGCAAUAUUUCUACGGAAGGUGCUGCACAGACUAGCAAAGGCUGUUUCUUUUACCUGACUGAGGUCACUGCAUCAGCUGAAGGCAGACGAUGUGCUUAAGCCUGAGUGGAGCAGAGGUAGGUGCUAAUAUGGGCACCAGUUGCGUCUUGAAGUGCCAUCAGCUGUAACCAAAGUUCCAGAUCCCAAGACAGCCAGGCAUUCCUGCCCUCAAGAACUGAAGACGAUGGAGCUCUCUGAUAGUGACCGACCUGUCAGCUUCGGUUCCACAUCGUCCUCGGCCUCUUCCCGUGACAGCCAUGGUUCCUUCGGCAGCAGAAUGACCUUAGUUUCAAAUAGCCACUUGGGCUUGUUUAACCAGGAUAAGGAGGUGGGGGCCAUAAAACUGGAGCUGAUUCCGGCCAGGCCGUUUUCCAGCAGCGAGCUGCAGAGGGACAACCCCGCCACGGGGCAACAGAACGCAGACGAGGGCAGUGAAAGGCCACCCAGGGCGCAGUGGAGAGUGGACUCAAACGGGGCACCCAAGACGACCACAGACUCGGCCACCAGCCCCAAGCUCCUCUACGUGGAUAGAGUUGUUCAGGAAAUUCUGGAGACCGAAAGGACUUAUGUACAAGAUUUAAAAAGCAUCGUAGAGGAUUACCUUGACUGCAUCAGGGACCAAACAAAACUUCCCCUGGGGACCGAAGAAAGAUCAGCCCUUUUCGGAAACAUACAGGAUAUCUACCACUUCAAUAGUGAACUUCUGCAAGAUUUGGAAAACUGUGAAAAUGAUCCUGUGGCCAUAGCAGAGUGUUUUGUGUCCAAGAGUGAAGAGUUCCACAUUUAUACCCAGUAUUGCACUAACUAUCCAAGGUCCGUGGCUGUGCUAACAGAGUGCAUGAGGAACAAGAUACUGGCCAAAUUCUUCAGGGAACGUCAGGAAACUCUGAAACACUCGCUGCCUCUGGGGUCCUAUCUCUUGAAACCAGUUCAGCGGAUUCUCAAGUAUCAUCUCCUUCUGCAUGAAAUAGAAAACCACCUUGAUAAGGACACAGAAGGCUAUGAUGUGGUGCUUGAUGCUAUAGACACAAUGCAGCGAGUUGCCUGGCACAUCAAUGACAUGAAGCGGAAACAUGAGCAUGCGGUCCGGUUGCAGGAGAUACAGAGUUUGCUCACUAACUGGAAGGGACCAGACCUGACCAGCUACGGGGAACUGGUGCUUGAGGGAACCUUCCGCAUCCAGCGAGCCAAGAAUGAGCGGACGCUCUUCCUCUUCGACAAGCUGCUGCUCAUCACCAAGAAGAGAGAUGAUACGUUUACAUACAAAGCUCACAUCCUGUGUGGCAACCUCAUGCUUGUGGAGGUGAUUCCAAAAGAGCCGCUCAGCUUCAGCGUCUUCCACUACAAGAAUCCCAAGCUACAGCACACAGUCCAGGCCAAAUCCCAGCAAGACAAACGCCUCUGGGUUCUGCACCUAAAGAGACUGAUUCUGGAGAACCAUGCAGCCAAGAUUCCAGCUAAGGCCAAGCAAGCAAUCCUUGAAAUGGAUGCCAUUCAUCAUCCAGGCUUCUGUUACAGUCCUGAGGGAGAGACAAAAGCACUGUAUGGCUCUAAAGAAGGUUCUGCUCCAUAUCGGCUGAGAAGAAAAUCUGAACCUUCCUCACGAUCACAUAAAGUUUUGAAGACCAAUGAAACAGCACAAGACAUCCAAAAGGUUUCUAGAGAGGAAGGAUCUCCCCAGCUGACUUCAGCAAGGCCGUCUCCUGCGCAGAGAAAUAGUCAGCCUAGCAGUUCUUCCAUGAUCAGCGUGCUUCGAGCGGGUGGAGCUCUCAGAAACAUCUGGACUGAUCACCAGAUCAGGCAAGCCUUGUUUCCCAGCCGACGGUCCCCGCAGGAGAAUGAGGAUGACGAAGAUGAUUAUCAGAUGUUCGUGCCGUCAUUUUCCUCCUCAGACCUGAACUCUACCAGACUAUGUGAAGAUAACACUUCUAGUCGCCCUUGCAGCUGGCAUAUGGGACAGAUGGAGUCCACAGAGACCUCCAGCUCUGGUCACAGGAUUGUCAGGCGGGCCAGCAGUGCUGGGGAGAGCAACACGUGCCCUCCUGAAAUAGGAACUAGUGACAGAAUUAGGGAACUGCAGAACGGCCCCAAAACAGAAGGGCAGGAGGAGAUGACUCCCUUUGGGUCAUCCAUAGAGUUGACUAUUGAUGACAUAGACCAUGUCUAUGAUAACAUCAGUUAUGAGGACUUAAAGCUAAUGGUUGCUAAGCGGGAAGAAGCUGAAUCCACUCCCCCUAAAUCAGCCAGGGACUCCGUUCGCCCCAAGAGCACCCCAGAGUUAGCCUUCACAAAGAGGCAAGCUGGCCACAGUAAGGGCUCUCUUUACGCACAGAAAGAUGGCGCCCUCUCAGGUGGAGAGGCAUCCAGCCAAAGCACGCAUGAACUCCAAGCGGUUGAGGAGAACAUCUAUGACACCAUAGGGCUCCCAGAUCCUCCAUCGCUGGGUUUUAAGUGCAGCAGCCUAAAGCGUGCAAAGCGGAGCACCUUUUUGGGUCUGGAGGCCGACUUCGUGUGCUGUGACAGCCUGAGGCCGUUUGUUUCCCAAGACAGCCUCCAGUUCAGUGAGGACGAAGCCCCUUACCACCAGGCCACCCCCGAUCAUGAUUAUCUGAGUUUGCUGUAUGACUCUCCCAGCUGUAACUUGUCUAUGCCUGAUAAGCCUGUAUCUGAUAAACUGUCCGAAGAAGUAGAUGAAAUCUGGAAUGACCUGGAAAAUUACAUCAAGAAAAAUGAAGACAAGGCCAGAGACCGUCUCCUGGCAGCGUUUCCUGUGAGCAAGGAUGAUGUGCCAGACAGGCUGCACGCAGAGAGCACCCCUGAGCUGAGCCGGGACGUGGGGCGCUCUGUGUCCACCCUGUCCCUGCCUGAGAGCCAGGCUCUCCUCACGCCUGUGAAGAGCAGGGCUGGCAGAGCCAGCCGCGCCAACUGUGCCUUUGAGGAAGACCUGAUUUCUAAAGAAGGCUCCUUUAUGAGCCUUAACCGGCUUUCUCUGGCUAGUGAAAUGCCCCUGAUGGACAAUCCCUACGACCUGGCCAACAGUGGCCUGUCUCAAACAGACUCAGAAAACCCUGACCUGGGAAUGGAGGCCACAGAUAAGACAAAAAGCAGGGUGUUUAUGAUGGCUCGGCAGUACAGUCAGAAGAUUAAGAAGGCGAAUCAACUUUUAAAAGUGAAAAGUCCGGAGCUGGAGCAGCCGCCGGACAGUCAGCAUCAGAAAUCCAUGCACAAAGACCUGGCUGCCAUCUUGGAAGAGAAGAAGCAAGGAGGGCCCGCCAUUGGUGCCAGGAUUGCUGAGUAUUCCCAGUUGUAUGACCAGAUUGUAUUCAGAGAGUCUCCCUUGAAAAUUCAGAAGGAUGGCUGCGCCAGCCCUCAAGAAUCCUCCCUCCUGAGGUCUGCGUCACCCUCCCAGGUCCACCAUGGUAGUGAAGACUGGCUUCUGCAUUCAACCUAUAGUAACGGAGAGUUAGCAGAUUUCUGUCUCCCACCAGAGCAAGACUUGAGGUCAAGAUAUCCCAUGUUUGAGAUCAACACAAAAAGUACUCCCAGGCAAUUGUCCACAGCUUGCUCUGUGCCUUCUCUUCAAACCUCUGACCCUCUGCCAGGCUCUGUGCAGAGAUGCAGCGUGGUAGUAAGUCAGCCCAACAAAGAGAACUGGUGUCAGGACCAUCUUUACAACUCCUUGGGUCGGAAAGGGAUCAGUGCUAAAUCUCAGCCUUAUCACAGGUCCCAGUCAUCUUCCUCUGUCUUGAUAAACAAAUCAAUGGACUCUAUCAACUACCCUAGUGACGUGGGAAAGCAGCAGCUGCUGUCUUUACACAGAAGUUCAAGGUGUGAGAGUCACCAGGACUUGCUGCCAGAUAUUGCUGACUCGCGUCAACAGGGCACUGAAAAACUCUCAGAUCUCACACUCCAAGACUCACAGAAAGUUGUGGUGGUCAAUAGAAAUUUACCCUUAAAUGCCCAAAUUGCAAAACAGAACUAUUUUUCCAAUUUCAAAGAGACUGAUGGAGAUGAAGAUGACUAUGUGGAAAUCAAGUCAGAAGAAGAUGAGUCGGAGUUGGAGCCAUCUCACAAUCGUAGAAGGAAAUUUGACUCAAAGUUUGUGGAUGCUGACUUUUCUGAUAACGUCUGCAGUGGCAACACAUCGCAUUCUUUGAAUAGUCCGCACACUCCAAAAAAGCUGGUUAACAGCAAACUUGGCCUUUCACCAUAUCUGACACCAUAUAAUGAUUCUGACAAACUGAAUGACUAUCUUUGGAGGGGGCCAUCUCCCAAUCAACAAAAUAUUGUCCAGUCUCUAAGGGAAAAAUUUCAGUGUCUCAGUUCAAGCAGCUUUGCUUAAGGUUCUUCAUAAUAACUGCUUGAAUCAACUUCCUAUUUUGCUCAUAAAACGUUACAGAUACUGAUGAGGUGUUUUAUGUAUACCAGAUUAAAACAAUUUUGUAAGAACCAGAGGUGUAAAAUAUACUUUCUUUUACAGCACAACUUUUUGAAAUGGCUGACGAUGCAGCCAGGAUUGUACUGUAGCACAUGUUGGCAUCAACAGUAUAUUUUCUCAUGCUGAGUGUCUUCAUGGUUCAUGUAAGUCAAUCUUACUUGAAAGUUUUUAGACUUUUAACACGAUGGCCAUAACCUGACAAUAGUGCCCACACCUUAAGAAAUGCAACAAUCCUUUCCUGUUAUCCAGAAGGCCCAGGUAGUUUUAUCCUGUGACUCAAAGGCAGCAAGGAGACUUUUUCACAUUUUAAAAGGCAAUGAAAGCUGCUGAAAGAAUUAUGCUUAUAUCUCACAUUUUGGUUAUAUUUGUGGUAACACCUUAGGAUAACGUAAGCCAGAGAUCUGUAAUUGGAGUGUAGUCUGAGGUGCCCAUUUUAGGGUUUUUGUGCUAGUAUUCUUUUAUUUCAUUUUGAUGCAGAAAUUGUAAGACUCUUGAAAAUUAAAAUGUAGCGGGACCCAUUUUCUGUACACAGAACCCUUUACCUGUAUUCCUGGACAAGGCCUAGAGAACGAGCUGCUCAUCAUGUUUAUAAUAUAAUUUCUGGGGUGAAAUGAAUGAUUUCCUUACCGGCUUAGAGAAACCCAAGGUCAAUAAAAUGCAGAUUGACUUAGCUAUUAGAAAAGAUGGGAUGGCUUCUGGGAACCACUUAACUCUUCAAAUGACAGUUGAAAGAGAAAAAGCAAAACUGAAAUCCCACCAGACCAUUUUGUGUGCCUGUUUCUAAUCAAUACAAAGUUAAGCAUGAGCUAAAAUCAGACAAAGCGCUUUAAACGUAUCCUUUCCAGAGCGCUUUGCACAUGCACCCUCCUGAGUUUGGGACUCUGCCAGAUGACCAACUUGAUCCUGGCCCUGAGGAGUCGGCUGCAGGAAUAGGGCAAGAAUCUAUUUCCUAAACCACACAUCACAUGGGAGCCUUUUUUCGUUGUUUUCAGGUAUAUUAAAGAAUGAAAUCUUUGGUUACUAGGUGCUGACUAAUAACACCUUUUAUAUUCUAACCAUUUGUCACAUUUCACUGUGAUACUGUAUACCAAUCUAACUCCUUAUGAAAGGCAACAAAAAAACAAAAAUAAGACAUUGUGAAUAAAAAGCAAAAUCAAAGAAGCUAGAGAAAAAUGAAGGCAGAUAUAUUGCGACUUUAUAAACAUAUUCUAUUUUACUGAAGACUGCAGUUAAUGCAGCAAGAAUGCUUUCUCAAGCGGGGGCCUUUGUAUUCUCAUUUUAAUCAGGUGUACAUUCUACGGCCUCUCCCCCAUGCUGUUAGUUUCUAUUUUAAAAGAUACAAUAAUAUAUGUAGGGAAAGGGGCCUGGGCUCUUCAUUUAAAGGUAAGCAGUAAUAUUGAGUAAGUGACAUAAUUCUUUUUGUAAGUCCUAUGCCUCUUUUUAACUGUAAAACAUAAAACAUGAGCAUUUUUAUCUUACAAAUAGGUACCUAAGGCAUUUGAUUUUCUUUUUAAAUAACAAAAAAUAACCCAAGUUUCUUGCUUCUCCAAAGUAUUCUUCUCAUAGCUUAUAAAAGAAAGUCCACAUUGAAUAGCAUGGUCUGGAAACAUUCCUUCUUUAUUGUCUUUAUUUGAACAUGAUAUGAGUUUCCAAGAUGAAGUGAUCAAGCUUGGCUCACUGCAACCUCUACCUCCCCGGUUCCAGCGAUUCUCCUGCUUCGGCCUCUUGAGUAGCUGGGAUUACAGGUGCCCGCCACCACACCCGGCUAAUUUUUGUGUUGUCAGUAGAGGCGGGGUUCAUCAUGUUGGCCAGGCUGGUCUCGAACUCCUGACCUCAUGAUCCAUCCACCUCGGCCUCCCAGAGUGCUGGGAUUACAGGUAUGAACCACUGCGCCCGGCCAAGAAAGUAUGUUCUUAGAGGUGUGUGUAAGUGCAUUUGUAUUACCUAUGAACAAAAUUACCUGACUCUUGUCCCAGGAAAGCUGUUUCACAUUUUCGCUUUUUGGUUGGUAUUAUCCAAUUCUAUAUAGUUCAUAUUAUUGUUCUGUCUGACUCUCAGAAAUUACUUCUUCACGCCAGUGUCUUGUUGCAUGACUUUGAUGUCACCGAUAGGAAUACACCUCACUGCACGUAAGUGGGUAUCUUAUUGUAUAAAAUGUCUACAUGGCUUUAGGUUUUAGGACAAAUGUGUAGAUUUAUAGAUCAUUUCUGUUGACCAGGACACAGAUUUUGAGAGCUGUGUGUAUAUAUAUAUAAUCAUGUUUGUAUUUUUUUCCUGAAAGUUAUCAAUUGCUUUUGUUUAAAAUAGUUUGUUUUAGAGGUGGGGUGGGGAUGUAUAUAAUGGGGGGAAAAGUUAUAUGUACUUUAAAGUAUGUCAAGUUCUUACUAGUUCCCUGUACUGAAAGUUCAGUUUUUUUUAUAUAAGUUUACUUUUCACCUGCUCUAUUCUUUGUGGGAAAAAAAAAAAUGCAUCUAGAAAAACAUAGUUUAAAUACUGUAUAUAAGAUAAUGAAAGUUAGUAAUGUUCAUUAUUUAAUAAAGUUUGUAAAGUACAAGGUAA